AUGGAAACUGCCUCAGAACAACGUAUCCAUAUUGCAGAAAAUAUUCCGCAUAAUGGCAAAUCAGACGAAGUUGAUGUUGGUUAUAAUAAAUCUCCUGAAUUGUAUAGGUACAGUGAAUAUUCUGAAUUAUUUACUGUUUCAGAUAAUAAGCUUGUUUUGAUGCAAAUUUUUGGAGGCGAGGAUGAAACAGCAAAAAUUGAUGCUUAUUCUGAAUCAAUAAUUAUUGAUUCAUGUGAUAUCAUUGCAUCCAGGGUUGGAGAGCGUUUACUUGUUAUGUAUCAUGAUAAAGAUCAAAUCUAUUACGAGUUAAGAGAUCCAUAUCUAUGCGAAAAACCUGUUACAGCUGAUAAACUUUUUGAAGUUGGUUCUUUUAAAUUUCAGCACCCGUGUGUUGUAAUAUUUGAUGAAGCUGAUAAAGCUGAUAAGAUUAUAGGUUUUAUUAAUAACAAUUUGUUAAUCAAAAAAUUGGUUAAUAGAAAUUGGAUUGAAUACUUACGUGAAGAGCUGAAAGAUUACAAUAGAAUUACUAUACCUUCUGGUGGAGAAGACGUUGAUAGAAUGAUUAAUGAUGCUAAACUUUCAAUUGAUAAUGAAUUUCCUAGAACAAUUCCAGGACAUCUAGUUAAAUGGACUUUGAACUAUGAUUCAGAUUCAGAUAAAGCUCUCCUUAAAGCAGAACCUCUAAAUGGUCUGAUAAACGAUCCGAAAGAACGAGAAAUGAAUUUGGUUAUAUGGGAAAGUCCAGAAUUUAUAAAAUGCGAAUGUCUUCAUAAUGAUGAUUUAGUCAUGGUUACAGAUACAGAUGUAUAUAUCUGGACAUUUAAUACAGAAAGAAUUCAAUUAAAUUAUUAUUAUUCAGAAAUAUCAGGUAGACUAGAUAUUCUUGAGGAAGUAACAUUUACCAAUAGUUUUCUUCCACCACCAUAUAUUACGUCAGUUAUUCAUAGGAGAGGUUAUAGUUUUGGUAAUCAAGAUCAUUUUAAAGAACUAUUAGAAACGUAUACUAAAGAAGAAUUUUAUUUAACAAUCUAUGGAUAUGAUGUUAUGAAUGCAAUUGUUGAGUUUCAAGAUUACAAAUUAGCGGAAAAUUUCUGCAAAAGUUGUAUUAAGUUAAAUUUCAAAAACGAAAAGGAUCCGACACCUAAUAUCCAAUUAUUUGGUAUAAUUUCUCAAUUCAUUUCAAAAUUAACAGAAGACAAUUCGAUAUUCGUGGAAGGCUUUAUAUCAGAAAUUUCAUAUUUUAUUGCUUUUGAUGAAUACUUUUUAACACAAACUUUAUCCAAAGUAACUAGUGUAAAGCACCUUGAUUAUAUCGGUGUUCAUAAUCAACUAACUACAUUAUCUAAUGUAAAUAUUUUCUUGAGAAAAAUUUUUUCAAAUUUUGACACUUAUUUGAAUCAGUUAUUUGAAACUCGUCUUAUAAAUAUUAAAAAGUUCUAUGAGAAACAUUUUGUUGACAAUAAAAUCCCUGUAAUCUUAACAUUCCCUUUACCAAGAUAUGUAAAUUAUCCUAAAGAAUAUAAUUUUUGGCAAGAAUUAAUAAGACCGAAACCUAAGAAAGCCAUUGAACAUUUCAACUACAAAGCAGCACUUGAAACUAUUAUUUUGCUAGAUUCCUCAAACAGUGUUAAAGCUAAGAAGUGUCUCAAUUUAGAAAAUAAUAAAGCUGUCGACGAAGUAGGAAAAAAUGAGAAAGGUCCGCCUCAAUUAAAUGAAGAAAAUAGAAAAGAAAUAGAAAUAGCAUAUAAAGCAAUGAAAAAAGAAUAUAUGUGGAAAUUAGAAAAUGAACUCGAAGAAAUUUUGGAUACAUCUGGUUCAUUAAUAGAAAACUUAUCAAACGAUGUUCUCGAAUAUCUUCAAAAAUUUGUAGACAAGAAAUCAUUUAAAGAAAUCCGUAAAGCUAUUAAUGAAAAAGACGAUAGAUUCGAUAUAAAUUAUGACAAACAAGGUGAUUGGAUAAUUCGAACAAAUGGUAAAGGUAGUCGAAAUGAAUUUGGAUAUGGUGAAGUUGGCAGAGCAUGGAUUGAUGAAUUCGAAACGAAAUUUUUAAAAGAGGUAUCUCUUAAAAGUCCUAAGGCAUUAAAAGAUAUGCUCAUUGAUUUGAUGAAGAAAUGUAAGUGGAAUCAGGAAGUUCUUUCAAAAUUGCAAACAGUAGGAAUUGUGCAUUCAGGUAAAAAGUUUUAUGUG